UCACCUGCAGUCCCGCCCCUCCCGGGCGGACCCGCUCGGCGCGAGGGCCUCUGGGAAGAGGCGGGGAACAAUAUGGCGGAUGGCGAGGAGCCGGAGAAGAAAAGAAGGAGAAUAGAGGAGCUGCUGGCUGAGAAAAUGGCUGUUGAUGGUGGGUGUGGGGACACUGGAGACUGGGAAGGUCGCUGGAACCAUGUAAAGAAGUUCCUCGAGCGGUCUGGACCCUUCACACACCCCGAUUUCGAACCAAGCACUGAAUCACUCCAGUUCUUGUUAGAUACAUGUAAAGUUCUAGUCAUUGGAGCUGGUGGCUUAGGAUGUGAGCUUCUGAAAAAUCUGGUAAUAUAUAUGUAUAAUACUAUUCUCUUAGAGAUAUGUAAGUUCUUUUGCUUUCUGCCAUAUAAAGAAUGUCUUCAAUUUCAUAUCAUUGUAUGUGGCCUGGAUUCUAUAAUAGCGAGAAGAUGGAUCAAUGGAAUGCUGAUAUCUCUUCUAAAUUAUGAAGAUGGUGUGUUGGAUCCAAGCUCCAUUGUACCUUUGAUAGAUGGGGGGACAGAAGGCUUUAAAGGAAAUGCCCGAGUGAUUUUGCCUGGAAUGACCGCUUGUAUUGAGUGCACUCUGGAACUUUACCCACCACAGGUCAAUUUCCCCAUGUGUACCAUUGCAUCUAUGCCCAGGCUCCCAGAGCACUGUAUCGAGUAUGUGAGGAUGUUGCAGUGGCCUAAAGAGCAGCCUUUUGGAGAUGGGGUUCCAUUAGAUGGAGAUGACCCUGAACAUAUUCAGUGGAUUUUCCAAAAGUCCAUAGAGAGAGCAUCACAAUAUAAUAUUAGAGGCGUUACCUACAGACUCACUCAAGGGGUGGUAAAACGAAUCAUUCCUGCAGUAGCUUCUACAAAUGCAGUCAUUGCAGCUGUGUGUGCCACUGAGGUUUUCAAGAUAGCUACAAGUGCGUACAUUCCCCUUAAUAACUACCUGGUAUUCAAUGAUGUAGAUGGGCUGUACACUUACACGUUUGAAGCAGAGAGAAAGGAGAACUGUCCAGCAUGUAGCCAACUUCCUCAAAACAUCCAGUUUUCCCCAUCAGCUAAACUACAGGAGGUCUUAGACUACCUAACCAACAGUGCUUCUCUGCAAAUGAAGUCUCCAGCUAUCACAGCCACAUUAGAGGGGAAAAACAGGACACUUUACUUACAGUCAGUAACGUCUAUUGAAGAACGAACAAGGCCCAAUCUUUCCAAAACAUUAANAGAACUGGGACUAGUUGAUGGACAAGAACUGGCUGUUGCUGAUGUCACCACACCACAGACUGUACUAUUCAAACUUCAUUUUACUUAAGGAAAAUAAAUCUGCACAUAAUAGAAAAUCCAUAGAAAUAAUAUACUUUAUAAAUGAUAUGGAAUUGAAGAGCCUGGAAGAUGAGGCAGAGGGGAACAUCCAAGAAAGGAAAUUUAAUUGGUGUCAUUUUUAGCAUUAGUGUGGCUAGAAUUUGACUUUUAUAUAUAUACAUAUAUAUAAAAAAAAAGGACUGACUCUUUUUUAACUUUAUAAGUUUCUCUUGAAGACUGAACUUUGGGGUUGGGCUAGCAAGCAUUUUCAUUUUAUUACUAUGGAAAGCUAUGCCUCCAGGAGAGAUUAUGAACAAGUGUGUUGCUUCUUUAAAGCAGGACAAACACUGUCUUUUGUGUGAGUUUGUUGUGGUCAAAGAGCAUAUUCCUCAGCGUGUAUUUGAAAUCCACAUGUAUAGAAAUGUAUCCUUGAAUGGAAAUGAGGAAUUAUGUCUUAAGAACAUUAAAUAUUCACAACCUGACAUCUAGAGUAUAUCAAACAUAGGCAGUUUGUUCAUUACUACUCAUAUAAUUGUGACUAUCCAUGUGUGUAUUAAUUAUUGCAGAAUUUAACUUGUCCAUGAUAAUUUGUAAACAGUAUUAGAGAUUCAUACCUGUGCAUGAAAAUACAAAAUAUUUUCAUGUAUUUGUUUGCAAUGCCACAGAGACCAGUAUGCACAAAUUUAAACCAAGACAUGGCUGUUCAAAGAAAAUUAAUGUUUAAACAGUUAUCAUUGAUGCUUUUGCACUAUUUAUUAAUAAAAUUGUACAUUGUCUACUUUUUAUUGAAAA